CUUCUCUACUAGGGGUGAGUCUGAGGAUUUUCUUGUCGCUUUAAUUAGUUCUUUUCUUCUUCCCCCCUUUUUCUUUUUUUUUUUUUUUACUGCCUGUUUGGAGGGGGUUAAAAUAGCCCUGGGUCCAGACAGGGGCGAUCAGUCUCCUAUUGAGUGGUUUUAGUACAAGGGAGUGGAGAGAGGAGGAAAAAAAAAAGGAAGGAACUUAAAGGGGGCCGAGUCACUUUGGAUAAGGUAUUAAGGGCUUUUGGAGCAAGAAGCAUUGAGCGCGGCGCUACAGGCUCGGUACAUGAGUACAGGUUUAUAGGCUCGACUUUCUACUGGCAUAACCCGCUGCCUUCUCCUCUGCCAGGAAGAGCCCCGCUUGGGAUCCACUCCCCUGGCCAUGUUGGCCGCCACCUGUAACAAGAUCGGCAGCCCCAGCCCUUCCCCGUCCUCCCUGUCGGACACGUCUGGCUCGUUUGGGAAGGGCUUUCACCCAUGGAAACGCUCAUCCUCCACCUCCAGCAGCUGCACUCUGGCUUCAGGCUCUCUCUCCGGCUUCAGUGUUGGGGGCUCGUCCAGAAGCGCAAACGGAUCCUCGUCCUCCAGUGCUGCAGCGGCGGCGGCUGCUGCGGCUGCGGCUGCCGCGGCGGCUGCCCUAGUUUCGGACUCUUUCAGCUGCGGAGGCUCCCCCGGGUCCAGCGCCUUCUCACUCACCUCUGGAGGAAGCGGCGGUAGUGGAGGCGGAGGGAGCAGCGGAUCAAUGUCAGCCGCCUCCCCCUUUGCUAACGAGUACUCUGUGUUCCCGGUAAGCGGGGGGUCCCAAGAGGCAGCGGCGGCGGCAGCAGCUGCAGCGGCGGCGGCAGCAGCAGCCGCUUCCCACCAUCAGCCGGUGUUCUUGUCCAAGGUUCACGCUUCAGUAGACGGACUGCAGAGUAUCUACCCCCGGGUGGGCAUGGCGCACCCCUACGAGUCCUGGUUCAAACCCUCGCACCCCGGGGAAGUGAGUGCGGCUGCGGCCGGAGGGGCCUCCAGCUGGUGGGAAGUUGGAGCCGGCUGGAUCGAUGUGCAAAGUCCAGGGGCCGGUGCCGCUCUCCAUCCCGGGGCUCUGCAGGGCUCCCUCCACUCCCCUCUGGGGGGAUAUGGCACGGACUACAGUGCGGCCGGACUGGGACACUUCAGUACUGGAGGCGGCGGUGGUGUUGGAAGCGGAGGGGGAGCGGCCGGGACAGGCAGCGGUGGUGGUGGAGGGGGCAGCCACUUACUGAGCCCUGGAGGGCAGCACUUGAUGGACGGAUUUAAACCUGUCAUUGGACCUGGCUCCUACCCUGACCCAUCCUCCUCCCCUUUAUCUGCGGGCUCCAUGUUGGCACCUACCGGGCCCCUGGGGGGGUCUCCACGCUCCUCAGCCCGUCGCUACUCGGGCAGAGCCACCUGUGACUGCCCCAACUGUCAGGAAGCCGAGAGGUUGGGUCCCGCCGGGGCCAGUCUGAGAAGGAAAGGCUUGCACAGCUGUCACAUCCCGGGCUGCGGCAAAGUCUACGGCAAAACGUCGCAUCUAAAAGCGCACUUGCGCUGGCACACCGGGGAGCGGCCCUUCGUCUGCAACUGGCUUUUCUGCGGCAAGAGAUUCACUCGCUCAGACGAGCUGCAGAGGCACCUGCGCACCCACACCGGGGAGAAGCGCUUCGCCUGCCCUGUCUGCAACAAGCGAUUCAUGCGCAGCGACCACCUCAGCAAACACGUCAAAACUCACAGUGUCGGGGGAGGAAGCACAGGCUCUACAGGACCAGGCAGCGGCAGCAAGAAGGGCAGCGACACCGACAGCGAGCACAGCCCCUCCACUAGCCCCACCUGCCACUCCCCGGACCUCCUGCACCCCCCUGACCGCAAUGGCUUGGAGUAAAGUCCCCCCAGUAGCCCCGGACACUCAGUGGCCACUGUAUAAGGCCACGGACUUGCCACUAACUCUCAUUCUUCCCCCGCAGCUUGACUCCUUUCUUGCACAAAUGAGCCCCACUUAGCACAUCAAAAAAGUCGUUUUCAAGGAUUUGUCCAAAAUUGUGGAAACUAAUUCCCCCCACACCCUCCCUGCUUUGUUCAAGGGGACAAGAAGGUGACUAAUAAGGACAAGUUCUCUGCUGUGUGGGGGGCUGUGGGGGGCUGCUGGGUGGCAUCAGGUGGCCACUACUAAUGCAUUUACUAAAACUAUAUACUAUACCCACCCUGCAGUCUCAACCAAUGUUUGAAUGGAGCCUGGAAAUGCCACAUUAUAUUGUGUGUGUGCCCUGUUGUGCAGCAAGCCUUGCAAAGUUCUAUGAAAUGGUUCAGUUGCAGCAAUUUCCAUUCAGCUGCGAUUCUGUCGCCCUGUCGCAAGCAGGAAGCCAGAUCAGUCUAGGAAAACCUCAUAUCCUGAUAUUAAAGUCCCAUGUAAAAUGCACUUGAUCCUUCAGAGAGAACUGUAAAUACUUUCCCCUAUCAGCCUCACUCUUUAACCCUGUGAGUGCCAGAGGUAGCUGCUCAAUGAUACUGACUUGGGCGACUCAUAGAUCAGACUUUCUACUUUCUGUACUCGUUUCUCUUUCAGACACAUUGGGAUGUUCCUAAAUAGGACUAAACAAUGUUAUUUACUUGUGCUUCACUUUUCCUCCUAUCAUAUCUGAACUGAGAAGAACCCCUUGUAUUUUUACACUUUCUAUCUGUUUUCCAAGAAGGUGCUCACAUUUGCUUAAUGUAGUUCACUUUUUUUGGUUAUAAAAAAUAAUAAUAACCCCCCUCCCCCACCCUCACUUUCCCUGUCCUGGGCAUAGAGUUUAUUUUGCAGGUUCUUGCCCAGCAACCAUCAAAUUAAAUUAUAAAUAAUAACGAUAAAAUAAAAAAAAUAAUCUAAUAGCUGUGGAAAUUCGUCUCUUUUAAAAGGCUGCCUUCAAAAUGUGAGGGGAACCCAUCUGUAUAGUAUUUUUCUUGUACAUAAAUCGCAGUAAAUAUUUGAAAUAUAUAUAUAGAAGAGCAACAGUUUUCUUUUUGUCACCACAACGAAAUACAUCGAGUUAUUGUUACAGCUAACUGAAGUUUAUUUUAUUUUAUUUUGGUUAAUUCGUCCCUUGAAGUGUUUCUAAAACAAAACAAAAAAAUCACUUUGAGGAGUUUUAGUUUUGCUUGAGUAUGAAUUUUAGAUAGGAAUAAUCUUUAGGGGAAAUUGCAAAGCGAUGUUUGAUUAAUGUUGAAUGCCAUUUUAUUUAAUGGAGCAUGUUGUUUGCCAUUGCUGGUAUAGCUAAAGUAACAGUCCUCCUCUGAUUUCAUUACAAGUGACAACCCCCAAAUACUCACAUGCUCAUUAUACUGUAGGUGGCCUGUGUAUUUCUUGCUAAUGUCAAAUUAAAAAAAAAAAGUAAAGAAAAAAAAUGUUAAAAAUAAUGAUGAAUAAAAAACAAAACAAAAAAAAACACAGAAUAUUAAACAGCCACUGACAAGAAGAUAUCCAUAGUUUGCAGAAGCUGCAGACUGUUUUUUCUCCUCUUGUUGUAAUGUUGAAAUAAUUUGGAUAUUUCACAUUGAAAUGAAAAAAAAAAAAAAGCCUUUCGCUGGGACGUUUUAAGAUUGCAUUAUAAAUGCAUGAAGUGUAAUUGGUUUUAUUUGUAAUAUUUUAAAUAAUGGUAUUAAUAAACGCUGGAAAGAAAA